AAAAAUAUAAAAAUUAGUAGCCUAUUUUGUAAUAAUAUUUCUUGGAAAAUAUGAUUGAUAUUCAUUGUAGGAACAACACAUAAACACAUGUUAAUAUUUAACAAAAGAAAUCAAAAUCUCCUCGCAGGUUGAUAUUGAUUGUGCACCAUUUAGAAUCUUAGCAUUUUGCUACUGAAAACCUGUGUUGGGGUCCUAGUUCGGAAUAACCGAUCUAGGACACGUUGCUUAUCACUUAUCAUAGAUUAGGAAGAGUUUCAAGCUGAUAAUAUAAUGAUGUGUAUCAUCGAGCUGUUUAGUUACGUUUAAUGUGAAAUAUAAUGUGUAAUACUACACAAUUUAAAACCAGACUGCUAUAUAUUCCUUAAAUGUAAUAUAAAAUGGUUUCAAGGGCGCGCACGCGCUACUACUCCUUUAAGAAUCUGUCCUUGCCUGCACGCUGCAAUUCUACAUCCUGGUAUUUUUCAUCGUUGUCAAGUUACCACUAGAAAAGAAAUAAUACCACGGGGAGAGACUGCAGUGUCCUGAGCUUGGGUCCUGGAACUGAAAGUUUGGUGUGUGAGAUCCAGAUCACCUGCUCAUGGGUAAAUCGACGGUACAAGAUGGUGUAACCAAACAGUGGCCAUGUCUAAGAAGGCUUCUUCUAAAUGGCAUUAUCAGCCAGUAGCAGAGUUUGAUGAUUUCACUCUUGCCCGCAAAAGGGAAUAUUGGAGGAGCAAGAAAAGAGAACAGAGAGCAAGAAAGUCAUCAGCCAGAAAAGACAUCAGAAAUGAAAAUCCAGGUUUGUGUAAACAAACAAUUAGCAUGUCCACUGCUAUUGAUGAAGAUUUCUCAGAAACUCCUAAAGUGAGCAGUGACCCUUCUCUUCAUAACUGUGAUGUUUUGUGCAAGUUGGAUGAUGUGGUUACUGCUAAAAACUCCUUCAGCUCAGGUCUUUUUAUAUCGGAGAGUAAUGUGGGAUGCCAGACAGAAAGAUGUUUUCAGAGGAAUAAACUUGAUCAUGUCUUACCUCAGAUUCCAGAAGCAAGCACCAUUUUCUUGAGUAGCAAUAAAAAAGUAGUGAGGGACCCAAUUACAGAGUCAUCAAUUAUAAAUGGAACCAUGGUCGACCAGAGCGAGUCUCUCUACUUGACAUGCCAUUCAUUGGCUAUGGCAAACAGCACGCUAUCUCAUAAAACAGGUGCCUUAAAUAGCAUUGUUGCACCAUCAUACAACAACCAGAAUAAGCCUCAGAUAAAAAAUGUUUUACCACUCCAACCUUUGACCAUGGAGCAGGAUUUUGUUGGCAGCAAAAGUCCCAUGACUAGUAGAAAAACAUGUGCCUUUGCCUCAGACCGCAACCCCAGCAGAGCUGAAACCAUUAGAAUGGGAAUGACUGAAGAAGAGAUGGCUGCUAAACGUAGGGAGAACUGGCGCAUUAAAAAACGGGAGCAGAGAGCAAAGCCUGCUAUGAACAGAGAACGGAGUCUUGGACAAGUCCAGUCUUCACAUACUGGCAUAGCAUAUUCUUCAUCUCCAGUUAACGGUUUUAAGGCCUUGAGAGGAAUCAAGCACAAAUCAGUAAAAUCUUUUUCCCUCAGUCAGGGAUCACAGGGGAAAAAAAUUAAGGAAUCUCGGGCAUCAGUUGCAAUUAACACAACACAAUUUGUAUGGGCCACAAAACCAAAUGUUACCCAAACAAUUAACAAACAUAAAGGGCAGAAGCCAAAAUUUCCAUACAGUCCAAAGAAGUGCCAUCAGAAGUCUCUACUUGGUGUUACCAAAUUUAAGUCUGCUGAGGAUAGGCAUGCUAAGCAGAAGGAGUACUGGCGAAUCAAAAAGCGUGAACAGAGAGCAAGACUGUCUGCAGAGGGGAAAACCCAACUGAAAGAACGUGAUGCAUUUAAGCAUUGUGCUGAACACUACCGCAGUUUUGAUCAUACAUGUGAAGUUCAAGCAGGGAUCCAAAAAGCUAUCCAGUCCACAGAAGAAACAUUUGGAAGUUCCUCUGAAACCAUUGGUGAUUUUAUCAAAGAUGAUGGUACGGUCUCCAGUUCAAAUACUUUUGAGGCUUCUCUAGCUACAACUUAUGAGUUUCCGAAUGUGAAAUGCAUUGAAAAGGUACAAUUUCAGAUUCAAGUCAGUUCGCCUUUAUAUCCAGAUGCUCCAUCAGUUCUAAAGUCUGGAGUUCAAAACAACUUUUCCACUGACUUUUUAAGUUCUGAUCAAAAGUCAAUUGGACACCACUUUUCAAACAACUCUAAGGUAAAAUGUAAGUUAGCCAGUGAUACAGUUAUGGACAGUAUGACACUGACCAUCCAGUCUGAAAGCCUGACCGAAGAGAAGAGAAUUGCACGCAUGAGGGAAUACUGGAGAGUAAAGAAACGAGAGCAGAGGGCAAGUCGGGCUUCUCGGGUCAGCCACGGUCUGUGCAAGUCAAACGUUUCAGUGGUGAAGCAGACCGAACAAAACCACAGCUCAACCAAAGGUUGCCCUUCAAUUAUGCCUUCACACUGUGUUAAUCCAUCUGCUAAUACAAGAGUUUGUGACACCUCAACCAUUGCCCCACUUCCUAAGGCCACCAUAAAACAAGAGCAGAUCUUUCCCUCCAUACAGGCUGUGUUUUCUCUCUCAGAAAUGUAUCCAUUUGUUAAUGUUAAACAACAAAACACCUCUUCAGCAUAUACACUUAAUGAAACAGCAGAGGCUGACCAUAAUGCUAACUCUCUUCAGGCUGUAGCUUCCAUGAAAAAGCUACUUGAGGAGUCAUUUAUAACAGUGAAAGACAGAAAUGAGCCAGUUACCUUUAAAACUGAAUCUGACCUUCUUUCUGAAGAUAUAGCGCCAAAUGCUCAAAACAUCUCAUUACAGUGUGACAUCUCAAAUGCAAACCAUAAGAAAGACUUCAGAUUGAGUCCAUCACUGUACCACUCUCCAUCUUGGACAUUAGAUUCAUCUUCUAAGUACACCAUCCAUCAUGAGUCUCAUAACUUAAUCAAAGGGUCUGCACAGCCUUUGAGCAGAGACAACCAGAACAUUUGUGAUAAUAGAAUAGAUCCCAAGCAACGCUGGCCUUCACAGACCAUGCAAGAACGGCAGCUUGGUAAGAACUGCAAGCUUCAACAAAAGAGAGAGUAUUGGCGGUUAAUGAAGCGACAACAGCGAGCCAGAAAAGCCAAAGCAAGACAGGGCAGCAAAGAUGCAGCUCUUCAAAAUUUGGGUUCACAGCCAGAACAGAUAAGAGAUAGCAGAAGUCAGAAUCAUCAUUCACCUUCUGAUGGAUCACAAAGGUUCCCAUGCUCUACUGAUGUCUCCAGUAAUGUUGUUUAUACAACUGGCACUGAACCUUCAACUUUACUAUUGAGGCGUAUCAUCCCUACCCAACAUCAUUCGAAGGAAAGAAGUCUGCUGCCAGCAGACGACCAGCAGGGUGAGACUUACCAGGCGCCUCAGGAAAAACCAUGGCAAAGGCAAUUGUCAGACACUUCACAAGUCAUGCAGCCCUUAUCGCAGGACGCUGCCACCUACAAACAAAUUCCCAUGCAGAAUAAAACAAAAAUGUUUGCAAAGCCUACAGGUCAUCAGAUACAGCCAGCAGGUCUGUUCAUUGGUAAAUCAACUCCAAAUCCAGAAGAAGAUCCGGAUGAGGUUAUACAUAGGAGGCGCAUGCACUGGAGGAUCAAGAAACAAGAGCAAAGAGCUAGAAAAGCGGUACGUGACAGUGAGCUUCGACGCAUGAUGGCCAAUGACCUGGGUCGUGUGCCACUACAAAGUGUCUUGCAUCAAGACUUCGCUUCACAGAGUCAGGAUACCACCAGUGUCUCAUGUGUAGGUCUGAGCAGAAAACCAGAGGACCAAUUAGGCGACAUUGCUGAAGAAACUGGUCUACAAGAUGAGGGAGUAACUGUAACACAGGAAGAAUGGAGACGUGUCUACCUCAUGGACUCCGACCCGAUCAACCCACUGUUGGUGUGUAUGGUUUGUGGAGAGCAAGAGUAUUCCCUGAGUAUACAAGGGGUCAUGUCUCACAUAGAGGAGGUACACCCCCAUACACUCUCAUUGGGAGAACAGGAGCGUCAGGACAUUCUUGCAGCCUGGGACAAACAAGUGGCCAUCCGAGAGUGCUUCAUCACCAACCAGCUUCAACAGCAGAGCAGAGAUUUCACAGAUCUGAGAUCCAACUGCCUGGCUGAGAUUGAAGUGAAGAUUGAGGCUGACGAUUGAGGCUUUAAAGUCCCACUGUGGAGAAAAUCAGGUUUUUAUUGUUACAGUAACUUUCUCUUGUUCAAUGUACAUUAAUAUAUUAAACUUUUUAGUUUGUUCUCAAGUUUGAAUCUUGUUGAAGUUGUUACAAAAAUGAAAGCUAUUUGUUUAAAAUAUUGACUUUUCACCAUGUCUUGCUUAAGCACUGCUAAGCAUUUAUUACUUCAAUUAUUCUGUGCAAAAAGGUUGAGACUAAAGAAAGAUCGGUCUGUAAUACUUUCUCAUGCUUUCCUGCACACAACUUUAGAUAAUUCGUUUUUCCCGGUGUUUAUUUAUAUAUUGAACUGUAUACAAAAAAAACAUUUCCAGACAUUUUGUUGCACUGUAUAGUAUAUUUUUGUUUCAGUUCUUGGUUUAUUUUAACUUAUAACUUAUUAUAUGUUAUUAUAACAUAAUAGCCAUAAAUUUUAUUUUUGUAUGAAUUGCUGUCAUUAGUAAGCAAUCACUAUAAGUGAUUUGGUAUGUAAGUUUAUAUAAUGAUGCUUAAUUAAAUGCAAUUUAUGUUUGACAAAUGUAUCCCCAUUGAAAUCACACCAUUGGUUAAAACCAGCAAGUCAAUUAUGGCUACAGAAAGUGUGGUGUUAAUUGUUUUUUUGUUAUACUGGAUGUACUUUGGUGCACAGUACUGGAAAAAGCACAUACAUGAUGACCAAGGGACAAUAAAACCAAAUUCUGCUUUUAU